CGUCGUCAUCCACUUUCCAUCUGAAAGCGAUGAUGGGCUGUGUGCUUCCAUCAGUGCAGAGCUCCUAGGAAGCACAAAUCGCUGCCGUUCAACUGAGAGCCUUCCGUGUAACAACAGUGACGGACACAGGGAGCUCAUCCUAGUUCAAGCCCUCAUUUCUCCCAGCUGUGCUCAAGAUGCUGACCUGAGGCUGCCAGACACCGCAGUCACCAGCCUGGACUGUGACCCAGUGCCUCUGCAGUGCAGCCCAGCCCAAGCACAGUCCGAGUGCCCCAACAGAAGCACCUCCAUGCAGGAGCAGGUCGGCAUGAGCGAGGAGAAGCAGAGCCUCUUGGAGGGGGACUUACAAUCAGGCCUCCAGUCCCAGGCACCACACAGCAGCACUGAGAGCUCUGAGCCGCUCUCUCCAUGACCUUUCCAUCCAUCCUUUCCAUCUUUACCCGGACCUCUCACGCCCUCCUGUCUUAUAAUAAUAAAAGCACACUAGUGCUCACUCAA